UCGAGCAGGUCACGUGACAGCCAAGGUCACCAGGUCAACAGCGUGCGCGCGCGCGCGGUGUCGAGGCAAAGAAACUGGUUUUGUGUGGGAGAGAGAGAGGUUCGAACCCUCACUUCUCUCUGUUUUAAAGGACCAUAGAAACCCUCCCAUGGCUCUCACCUCUUACGGCCCCUUAAUUGGGGCCAUAGACCAAGGAACCAGCAGUACCCGUGUUCUGAUCUUUGCAAGUAAAACUGGAGAGUUGAUAACAUAUCAUCAAGUGAACGUCAAACUGAUCUACCCGAAAGAAGGCUGGGUGGAGCAGAAUCCCAAUGAAAUCCUGCAGUCUGUAAUUACUUGUUUGUCCAAAGCUGUUGAAAACCUGAAAGCCUUGAAUAUAAAUGUUGCGGAUUUAAAAGCGAUUGGCAUCACUAACCAACGAGAAACAACCAUUCUCUGGGACAAACUCACUGGUAAACCCCUCUUCAAUGCCAUCGUCUGGCUGGACAUGAGGACGUCUGCUACGGUCAACAAAUUAUUGGCAAACAUCCCAGACAACGACAAAGAUGUCUUAAGGCCCCAGUGUGGUUUGCCUGUCACAACAUACUUCAGUGCCCUCAAAAUCCGGUGGUUGCUCGACAACGUUCCAGAAGUGAAAGCUGCUCUCAAAGAAAAACGCUGCCUCUUUGGCACAGUCGACUCCUGGUUGCUUUGGAACCUGACCGGAGGAGUGAAAGGCGGGAAGCACUUGACGGACGUCACCAAUGCCAGCCGAACAAUGUUGAUGAAUAUUCAUGCCCUUCGCUGGGACGAAAAACUCUGCAGUUUCUUUGACAUUCCAAUGUCUAUUCUGCCAGAGAUCCAUUCUUCCUCUGAAAUAUUUGGUUACAUCAAUGAUGGUCCAUUAAAAGACAUACCAAUAUCUGGGAUUCUGGGAGACCAACAGGCGGCCCUUGUCGGUCAGAUGUGCUUCAAACAGGGAGAUGCCAAAAACACAUAUGGAACUGGUUGCUUUCUGCUCUACAAUACAGGUUCACAGCCUGUGGAAUCAAAACAUGGACUAUUAACAACUGUUGCCUAUCAAAUGGGGAAAAAGAAACCGGUUACUUAUGCACUUGAAGGUGCCAUAGCUAUUGCUGGGGCCUGCGUCCAGUGGCUGAGAGAUAAUCUGGGAAUUAUCAAAGAAUCAGCAGAAAUUGAACACCUGGCAAACCAAGUUGAUGGCACCCAUGGCUGCUACUUUGUUCCAGCAUUCUCAGGGCUUUUCUGUCCCCACUGGAAACCCGAUGCUCGUGGUUUUUCAGUCUGGCCAAGCUGGGGCACUGCCUUCAAGGGUAUAAUCGAUUACAUCAACUUCAGUACUUGUCCUUCUUUUAUCAAUGUUGCAAGGAUGAAAGUUAAAGUCAGCCUAAACACAAUCAGUGCGAGACAUGGGUAUUUACACGAGUGA